UGUUGCACGUUGGUGGAAGCAAAGUCCUUGUGCUAUUCUAAAUAGGCUACUUGGGAAUAGAUACAGAAAAAGCUGUUCAGGAUAUUUGGGUGACCCAUAUAUUUGGUAGUAGAAAUGUGCUAGGAUGCAAUUUUAAAUGGAUACUGUGAUUAUUCUUGCAGAAAGAUUAAAAACAUGAACAUGCCUCUGGUACUUUAGGAGAUGGAAGACACAUCGGGUCGUUGCUUUGAAGCUGUUACAACAGGAAGGUCAGGUGCAGAGCAGCCACCUGCAUCCUCAGAAAGCAGAGCAGUCAGAGAUGCCAAGAACGGGGACCCAGCAGAGAAGCUUCUGCUUCCAGAAGCUACAGACACUGUACAGUCAGAGGAAGGCUGCGAGCAGCAGUCUUCUCUGGAGCAGUCAGCUCUGAAGGAACGGGAGCAGUCAAGUUUAGCGGAGUUGGAACUGCCCAGCAAAGGACGAGGCAAUCAAGAAGUGAUUGGAAGUAACAAGCAAGAUGUAUUUGAGCCAGAUGCCCCGUUCAGUGCAUCAUCUGAGAGCACAUCUCCUGUUACCGAUGAGAAUUAUUCUGCUUUACUUGAAUUAAGAAAUUCAGAAGGGGAAGAACAAACAUCUCAAAACCCAGUACUACCAGAGAAUACGGCAAGUGGGAGAGAAACAGGAAGCAUGAUUGAGGAUGGUGAAGCUCUUUGGGGGACUAGGGCUAACUUUGAUGAAACCACCCCGUCUGAGAAGUUACAUCUUGAUCAGGAACAUUUUCCUGGGAAAGCAGUUCAACAGGAUUACCACAUGCCUGAUAUCAUAACUGUUAGAGUACAAACAGAUUCUGAUUCAUUCCAAGAUGUAGUUGUAAAAAUUGAAAGACCUACCUAUCAUAAACCAUUUCUGGGUGGAUUUAAGAACAGGAUAACAGGAGUGGAAUUUCAUAAUGCAGGAUCAAAAAAUAAGCCACAACAAACAAGAAAUACAACAUCAACACAAAUGACUAAAAUUGGCCUGUACGUGUCAAACAUGACUGACAAACUAGUAAGUCCUGGGAAGUAUCUUACAGCAGAAGAAUACCAUAAACGUAGACUUGAAGCAGUAAUAGUACUACAGAAGUAUUUCCGUCGUUGGCAUGCUACAAACAUAGUACAAAAGCUGAGGGAAGCAAAGAGGUUAAGGCUAGCAUGGGAGGCACAAGAAGAGUUACGGAGAAAAAAAGAGAAAGAAGAAAAACUGAGAAGGGAGCACAAACGAAGACUGAACCCUAAAACAAAAGAAGACUUUGAGCUACUGUACCAAGCUUUACGAUUAUGGAGGCAGGAGGAGGCUGAACGGAUUAACAGAACUCUUACUGGAGCGGAAAGAAAGGCAGCAUUUUGUGGACUUCUGGAACAAGAGGCACAGCUGAUUGCUUCCAUUGGGAGACACAAACUAAAUGCAGAUGAGGAGAAUCAACAAAAAGCAAUACUGCACUUUCUGGAUAAGUGUGCACAACCUAAGAGAUGGAAAGCAUAUGAUGGAAAAAUCACUGAAAUGGAUACACAGUACACACUCCGUGCCAGAGAACUAUUUGAAAUCUACCGCAGCAUUAGCAUGAAUGACAUCCCAAAAGAUGAGAGAAUGGAUGUGCUGCUAACACUCAGACGUACGGUGAAGGAACAUGAAUGUAAAUUAACACAGGAAAUAGUGGAAUUAAUUGACAGGGAAGUUGAUCUUAUGUCGAGAGACGUGAAAGAAUGCAACUUAGAAGGACUGAGGAAACGAAUUUGUACAUUAUUUCUUCAGUAUAUUAAAACUCCAAAGUUUAACCCUGAAGUUGCUAAGAUACUUAAGGUUCCACCAGAUCCCUUAAAGCUUUAUAAAAAUGUUAACUUCUGUCAUAGUUGCGAAAAUUACUUACCAUCUUCUGAGUUUCCUGUUCCUGCUAAUUCCCACACCAUUGGCAGAUGUCGCUUGUGUUGCAACCUUGAUAAUGAGGCUCGGCAACGAGAAGCAUUUUUGAAGUACAGGCUUAUACUAGAAAAUCUCAGAAAGUCUGAAGCUGAUUAUCAGGAUGAUGCUAAAAUUGUUUUCUUAGUUCAGCGUCAAGAUCUGCAGUACAUGAUUGAGAACAUAUGGGGCUGUCAGUCGGCUCUCAGUGCCUGCAGUGAUCUCUAUGAUUUGGUUAUGGUCAGAUGGGAUAAGCAGCAUGAGUGGUCUCCGUGGAACACUAUUCUCCUCACUAAAGAUGAGGCAGAUGCACAUCUUAGACUGUGUAACCUUCAGGAGGCUUAUGAAGCGGCAUUUAUUCACAGAAUAAAGCAUAAGCAUAUCCGGGCAAAAAACUACUUUGCUCAGUUUCCAGCGAUGGCAUCAUUUUUGCAUAGGACUGACAAUCAGGCUAAUGCAAACGAGUUUUUGAUAGCUACACCUAUUCCUACUGGUACAAAGACAUAA